ACACAGUUGAAAUGCAAGGAAGCAUUCAGUUAAAUGGAUUUGACCAACGUAAACUGUCGACGUGGAAGACGUUGAAUACCAAGAGUUUUUGGUGUUGGCUCCCCAGAAAUUCCCUAGGCUGACUUCCACAGCGCUUGCUUAGGUCUGUCCCGUCCAUACCUCGGCAAUUCCCACCUGCUCCACCUCGGCUUCGCAGACGACACAUGCGCGCUGUUUCGCCGCGAUGGUGACUUGGCGCAUCUUACAGCCUCGACUCUGAUGAAUGAAAAGUUGUUUAUUUGGCAAUUCAAAGCGGUCUCUGUGUCUGUCCGCCUUGUCCUGUCGUUUCUCUGCAUCUUGUUUAGAAUUGGGUUUUUGGCACUCGGGUUCAGAACGUGCAAGACUAAAGGCCCCAACAAUAGCAACAAUAACAACACAACGACACCAAAAUACACAACCAUGGAGGCCUACGCAGAGUUCACCCACUUCAUCGUGACCUCGCCGUCGCCCUUUGUGGCGCACGUCGAGAUCAACCGGCCCAACAAGCUCAACAGCUUCCACGAGGCCAUGUGGCUGCAGCUCGGCGCGCUGUUCAACCGCCUCUCGGCCGAUCCGGACGUGCGCGCCGUCGUGCUGUCGGGCGCCGGCAACCGCGCCUUCACGAGCGGCCUCGACGUCAAGGCCACCAGCGAGGGUUUGAUCCCCCAAGAGGUCGUGGACCCGGCCCGCCAAGCCGUCAAGAUGCGCCGCCACAUUGCUGAGUUCCAGGCCUCCAUCUCGGCCAUUGAGAAGUGCGAGAAGCCCGUCAUCUGCGUCCUCCACGGCAUCUGCUACGGCCUGGCCAUCGACAUAUCCUGCUGCGCCGACAUGCGCGUGUGCGCGUCCGACGCCCGCCUGGCCGUCAAGGAGGUCGACAUCGGCAUCGCGGCCGACAUCGGCACGCUCAGCCGCCUGCCGCGCGUCGUCGGGAGCCUGUCGUGGGUCAAGGACGUGUGCCUGACGGCGCGCGUCUUCGGCCCGGACGAGGCCGAGGCCGUCGGCUUCGUCAGCCCCGGACAGCACCGCCACGCGACAAAGGCGGACGCCGUCGCCGCCGCGACGGGGCUCGCCGCCCUCGUGGCCGCCAAGAGCCCGGUCGCCGUCCAGGGCACCAAGGAGCUGCUCAACCACGCGCGGGACCAUACCGUGGAAGACAGUCUGAAAUACACUCAGGUUUGGAACGCCGGGGCCCUGCAGACCGGUGAUGUCAAGGCCGCCCUGCUGUCGGGGUUGCAGAAGAGGAAACCGACGUUUGAGAAGCUGUAGUGCAUGACACCGCGGCAAUUUCCAGUGAUUUUUGUCUCGGCGCCAGGCGUGCAUGUAUGCUUGCUCACUUUUGCAGAUUCCAAUCUCAGCCAACAACAAAUGUAUUACAAUCCAUACUGCAGAGAUGAUUAUUUCUUUUAGUUGUUAGACCACGGUUGUAACAUUGCACAAAACAGAAUGAUGAUGUUUCGUCCGCUG